AGCCCCGUCAGCCAGGAGCCCGCUGGGACUCCGGCCAAACGGGUCACGGGCGCGCCCGGGGGGAACAAGUCCGUACGCCAAAGGAUCGCGGAUGAGCUGAGGCAUUACUGCAGCGGGUUCCACCUGCUCUGGAUCGACACCAAGGUGGCUGCCAGGAUGGUGUGGAGGCUGUUACACGGGCAGGUCCUCACUAGGAGGGAGAGACGAAGGCUGCUGAGAACUUGCGCAGAUCUCUUCCGGCUGGUGCCCUUCCUGGUGUUUAUCAUUGUCCCCUUCAUGGAAUUUCUGUUGCCUGUGUUCUUGAAGCUCUUUCCCGAAAUGCUGCCCUCGACGUUUGAGACGGAGUCAAAAAAGGAGGAAAAGCAGAAAAAGAAAUUGAACGCAAAGCUGGAGUUAGCAAAGUUCCUGCAGGAGACCAUUGCAGAGAUGGCCAAAAGGAACAAAGCAGAUACAGGACAAGGGAAACAAUUCUCCUCUUACGUGCACCAGAUCCGUCACACCGGCCAUCAGCCCAGCACCCAGGAGAUCGUGCGCUUCUCCAAGCUCUUCGAGGACGAGCUGACCCUGGAGCACCUGGAGCGGCCGCAGUUGGUGGCUCUCUGCAAACUGCUGGAGCUGCAGCCCAUCGGCACCAACAACCUGCUCCGCUUCCAGCUUCUGCUGAGGCUCAGGACGAUCAAGGCAGACGACGAGAUGAUCGCCAAGGAAGGAGUCAGCGGGCUGAGCGUGUCCGAACUGCAGAGCGCCUGCAGAGCCAGGGGAAUGCGGUCGCUGGGCCUCUCGGAGGAGCAGCUGAAGGAGCAGCUCAGGCAGUGGCUGGAUCUGCAUUUGAAGGAGAACGUUCCACCUUCUCUGCUCCUGCUUUCCCGUGCCUUGUACUUAAUAGAUAUAAAGCCACAAGCUGUUCCGGUGCCACAAAAUAAGGUGGGUGAAACUGCUGGAAUCGUGACGUCUGCUCUUGGAGGUCAAGAGGCUCUAGUGGAUCCCGCCCCCGUGGUGCGGGGAAGGAAGAAUGAAGAGUUUGUGUCUCAGCCGACAGAGAAAGCGCCAGUCGCAGAAGCGGCCGUUCAGCCGCCCCCACGACAGGCUCGGAUGGAAGCGCCUCAGAGCAGCAAGGCCGGCGCCAAUGGAGCCUAG